CACGCACUUCGCAUAGCUUCAAGUCUGCAGACGUUCUUAACAAGAGCACCCCCGCGCGCGCUCUCUAGAGGCUGUGUCGACCUUGCCACGAAUUGCUCUACCACUCGGCAUGCGAAUUGCGAGUCUUCUUGUAUACCAUUCAGUCUUGCUUUUGCUACUGGAUCUACCAAUCAGCUUUGCCUCCAACACGAUUACGGUCUGGGAUCUUUGGUGAGAACUUGCUCACGUUACAUUGCGCGCCGUCCCAAGGACCUGCCUAUCGUGAUGAGAGCGGACUGUUGUCAAAACAGAGGGGCUGGGCUCAGUCUCCGACAAGCUGCCGCCACGGCCAUCGCAUGGUGGGCAGCCUUCGCCGAUGCCAUUGUAUACCCAAGCCAUCACGAGCUGUACAAGUUCGAUUAUCCACCAAGAGCGCACCCACCCGCAAGCGAGAGGCACAUCAAAGCCAGAGCCGACGAUGAGAAGCCCAUCCCUUUGCUCGUGACAAACAACUGCCCCGACACGCUGUGGCCGGGCAUUGCGACACAACAUGGCGACGGACCCGAGUCCACAGGAUUUGAGCUGGGCCCUGGCAAGAGGAGAAACAUGACGGUGGGGUCGACAUGGCAAGGACGUGUAUGGGGACGCACAAACUGCACAGCAGAUGGCGAAACUGCGACGUGCGCCACCGGCGAUUGCUUCGGAAAGCUGGAGUGCGAGUUUAGUGGGGCCGCACCUGCCACGCUGGCUGAAUUCACCCUAUCUGGUGGUGUUACCGGAACGCAGACGUUCUAUGACAUUUCCCUUGUCGACGGGUACAACUUGCCUGUUGGGAUCGUCUAUCACCCAGCCAAGAACACGACAUGGAUCCCUCCAAAUCUGGUCAACCCCGUCUGCAUCGGCACACCGGGAUAUCUGGCCGACUCCAAUAGAACAGGACUCACCUAUACGAACUCGACCUACCCAAUGCCCUAUGAGACAGCACACGAUAACGAGCGUGUCUCAAACUGGUGCCCGUGGGAUCUUCAGGCCUUCCCGCCCACGAAGCCAGGCGACGGAGUCUAUCCUUAUCCAGAUGACAAUGUGCCACGGCCAGUUUUUGAUCCAUGCAAGAGCGCAUGUGCUGCCACGAACGACCCUAGGGAUUGCUGCGCGGGCGAGUACAACAACCCGGAUGUGUGCGGGCCUAGCUUGUACUCUACACGGGCUAAAGCCGUGUGUCCAGACGCGUAUAGCUACGCGUACGAUGACCAGACCUCGACGUUCAUCAUUCCGCACGGCGGAGGGUGGGAAGUGGUCUUCUGUCCAGUGGGCCGGAGCACAAAUAUCCUUUCGACGUUCGGUGCCGAGUUGCAGGAGCUCGCUGCUAGUGGCCACGCAAGCCACCAGAUGCUGCUCAACCUCAUGAAUACUAGUUACAUAGACUCGAAGCCGAGCAGCGCAGGUCGGUUCAGCAUUCAGUCCUGGGGACUACUUCUGAGCGCCCUGGUAGGUGCUUGGGCCGUCGGGCUCUGAUGGUCUCUCGUGCGGUAAGCCAAGCCAGCGGACGUUGAGGAGAAGCGUUGUUUUCAAACAGUGUUUUAGAUUGAUACCACACGCGAAAUUUGAUUGAGAUUGCUGGAUUGCGGCAUUGGUUACGAACAUGGGCCGCGCAGGGCUAAGAUAAAUUGUUUUGGGAGAGGAAGCAAGGACCCACGGCGAAGCAGCUGGGCUGCUUGCGUGUUGGAAUUCUGACGAGUAAGAGAGGUUUUCAGUUGAUUUCCUUUUUCCCUAGAAUUCUUCUGUGCCUGGAAGCAUAUGUAGCACAGUCUUUGAAUGACACGAAACAUUCACCACA